AUGCCGCCGUCUCCGAGUGACGGCGUUCUCGUGAUCCCGCCACCGCCCGUGCCCCGGCCGUGGAUGCCGCCGUCUCCGAGUGACGGCGUUCUCGUGAUCCCGCCACCGCCCGUGCCCCGGCCGUGGAUGCCGCCGUCUCAGAGUGACGGCGUUCUCGUGAUCCCGCCACCGCCCGUGCCCCGGCCGUGGAUGCCGCUGUUUCCAAGCGACGGUGUUCUCGUGAUCCCGCCACCGCCCGUGCCCCGGCCGUGGAUGCCGCCGUCUCCGAGUGACGGCGUUCUCAUGAUCCCGCCACCGCCCGUGCCCCGGCCGUGGAUGCCGCCGUCUCCGAGUGACGGCGUUCUCACGGCUGGCAGCUUCCUGCCAGUGUCGGUGCCCGUCUCCACGGCCGUCACGCCCGGCAUCACCAUCUCGAUGCCGGUGCUGGAGGCGGGCGGCGCCUGUGCCGAGUCGGGCUCGUCAGCCGGCCCGCCGGUAUUGCACAUCCCCGAGGAGCGGACGCCCAGUCCGGCCAACCUGGCGCCGCCGCCGGAGACCGACUUCUCGCUCAACGGCACGCCCUCCGACGUGCUGAUGGACGUCACGCUGGCCAACUCCAACUCGAGCUUUACAGGCUUCCUGGCGUCGUUCGGCCGGGGCGGCGCCGACCCAGCUGUGCUGCAGACACCAACGCGGCCGCUGUACGACAGCUCGCUGCCGCAGACCUCGCCGCCGGCCAGCCCGCGCGUCUGGAGCGAGAUUGGUGACUUCUCACUCAGCAGCAUACUGGGCCACUUGGAGACGAGCAAGCCAGCAUCCAAGGAGGCGCUGGUCGACCCGUCGCCCGAGCUGGACGAGCGGGCAGUGGCGGGGCCCAUCAGCGGCUCGGACCACGGCCUGCCCACGUCCUUCGAGUUCGCCGAGCUGAUGACGCCCGGCCCCGGUGAGCCGCGCCCGCUCGCCAGCAGCCAAUCACCACCCACGUGACGUCACCGGGCGCCAGGCUCAGCUCCCGUCAGCAGCAGUCACCGCCCAAGCACAGCUCCCGUCAGCAGCAGUCACCGCCCAAGCACAGCUCCCGUCAGCAGCAGUCACCGCCCAAGCAUAGCGCCCGUCAGCAGCAGUCACCGCCCAAGUGGCACCUGCGAACACCAGUCACCGCCGCGGAACCUUCGUUGGGCACGGAUCGCCGUCUAGCCGACGUCACCGAGAGCCAAUCAGCGUUGUGCAUCCUCCUGCGAGCAGCAGUCAGACGGGCGCCGUUUGCCACCCACUGCCUUCUGCCCGUGCGACGUCAGUGAACGCCGGUCAGACGGGCGGCGGCUGCGACGAGAGUGGCAGCCGUGGUGUGACGCGGUUGAACACCGAUCAGAAACAUCCGCGCGGUGUCGCCAAGCUUCUGAGCGCGGUGUCGCCGGAGCUGAGCGAUUGACGCGCCUGCUUGUAGCUUUACUGGGCUGGCAUUGGUGACUGGCACGUGCCGUAGGCCUCGAGAGCCGCUAUGUGCCGUCAACUUGGGGCCCGGCCAUUAGGCCAAUGGUGGGCUCGGCGGGCAGCCGGGUCGGGGUCGUUCCGUGUCCGGUCUGCCGCGUUAUGCACCUUUCCGCAAUAACUCGCCGCGUCUGCUAACCCAGCGUUGGCAUUAAAGGUUACUUUGACACUGGGGCAUUGAGGAAGGUCGUGGGGUUGAUUGGCUGGGUGCCCCGCACCUUUCCGUAAAUAUCCGAAGCUUGCCAAGGCCUGGAAGUCAGGGUGCUUGCAAGCAUUGUCUUUCAUCGUUUUAGGCACUAUGAAGAGGUGCUGGAUGUGCUUUGUGUAUAUUUGUGAACUAAGUUACUGUAUGUAUUUGUAUUGUACCUGCGCCCUGCCUCAUGUCAUUUCGACGACUGUAGUUUACUUUUGACUUUCUAGAGCUGUCUUGGAUGAUGCCGAAGGGAUCAUCUACGAUAAGAUUAUCCACCCAAAUUUUGUCCCUGUGCAACGGCUAAGACCGGUCCGCCUACCGUGAAUGACCUCGGUUCUGUGCGUUAGGGUUGAGAAAUAUCUCUUCGUGUCCACCACUCGCCUCACGGCGUGGUUUGUAAAUGACGGUUCUUGACUGCACUGUAAGUGCAUUUGUGUAGCCCGAAGAUGGGCUGUGUUCUCGUCUGCCAUACCGCGAGCCUCCCCAGCUCCGGUCAGAGCCACCAGUUCCGGAGCCCACUCUGUCCACCGCCAGUCCGCAUUGUUUUGGUCCCAACACAUCCUGGCACGUGUCGCUGGCGCUCCAGCAUGUGCUGGAAAGUUGGUGUAAUUUCCGGCUAACUCCCGCCCGCGCUCCUCAGACAGAUCUGGCUCAAUAUAUCGAAGUUGCCAAAAAUGCAGCGCGGUUUGUUGGACAGCACGCCGGUGGUGCCAGUGGUGUUGUUGCCCAGUGUCGGGCGCCUGACGUGCCGGUGGCGCCCCAGCGCUGUGUACGGCCGGCUGGCGCUGCGGCUGGGGCCGGGUGUCAGCCGCCGGGUCGUGGAGCGUCUC